AUGCGAAGCUGUUUGUGUGUCCGCUCAGAGCUGUUUGUGUGUCCGCUCAGAGCUGUUUGUGUGUCUGCUCAGAGCUGUUUGUGUGUCCGCUCAGAGCUGUUUGUGUGUCCGCUCAGAGCUGUUUGUGUGUCUGCUCAGAGCUGUUUGUGUGUCCGCUCAGAGCUGUUUGUGUGUCUGCUCAGAGCUGUUUGUGUGUCCGCUCAGAGCUGUUUGUGUGUCCGCUCAGAGCUGUUUGUGUGUCUGCUCGGAGCUGUUUGUGUGUCUGCUCAAAGCUGUUUGUGUGUCCGCUCAGAGCUGUUUGUGUGUCUGCUCAGAGCUGUUUGUGUGUCCGCUCAGAGCUGUUUGUGUGUCCGCUCAGAGCUGUUUGUGUGUCUGCUCAGAGCUGUUUGUGUGUCUGCUCAGAGCUGUUUGUGUGUCUGCUCAGAGCUGUUUGUGUGUCUGCUCAAAGCUGUUUGUGUGUCCGCUCAGAGCUGUUUGUGUGUCUGCUCAGAGCUGUUUGUGUGUCUGCUCAGAGCUGUUUGUGUGUCUGCUCAGAGCUGUUUGUGUGUCUGCUCAGAGCUGUUUGUGUGUCUGCUCAGAGCUGUUUGUGUGUCCGCUCAGAGCUGUUUGUGUGUCUGCUCAGAGCUGUUUGUGUGUCCGCUCAGAGCUGUUUGUGUGUCCGCUCAGAGCUGUUUGUGUGUCCGCUCAGAGCUGUUUGUGUGUCUGCUCAGAGCUGUUUGUGUGUCUGCUCAAAGCUGUUUGUGUGUCCGCUCAGAGCUGUUUGUGUGUCUGCUCAGAGCUGUUUGUGUGUCCGCUCAGAGCUGUUUGUGUGUCCGCUCAGAGCUGUUUGUGUGUCUGCUCAGAGCUGUUUGUGUGUCCGCUCAGAGCUGUUUGUGUGUCCGCUCAGAGCUUUUUGUGUGUCUGCUCAGAGCUGUUUGUGUGUCUGCUCAGAGCUGUUUGUGUGUCCGCUCAGAGCUGUUUGUGUGUCCGCUCAGAGCUGUUUGUGUGUCUGCUCAGAGCUGUUUGUGUGUCCGCUCAGAGCUGUUUGUGUGUCCGCUCAGAGCUGUUUGUGUGUCUGCUCAGAGCUGUUUGUGUGUCCGCUCAGAGCUGUUUGUGUGUCUGCUCAGAGCUGUUUGUGUGUCUGCUCAGAGCUGUUUGUGUGUCCGCUCAGAGCUGUUUGUGUGUCUGCUCAGAGCUGUUUGUGUGUCCGCUCAGAGCUGUUUGUGUGUCUGCUCAGAGCUGUUUGUGUGUCUGCUCAGAGCUGUUUGUGUGUCCGCUCAGAGCUGUUUGUGUGUCCGCUCAGAGCUGUUUGUGUGUCCGCUCAGAGCUGUUUGUGUCCGCUCAGAGCUGUUUGUGUGUCCGCUCAGAGCUGUUUGUGUGUCCGCUCAGAGCUGUUUAGCUGUUUGCGUGUUCGCUCAGAGCUGUUUGUGUCUGCUCAGAGCUGUUUGUGUGUCUGCUCAGAGCUGUUUGUGUGUCUGCUCAGAGCUGUUUGUGUGUCUGCUCAGAGCUGUUUGUGUGUCUGCUCAGAGCUGUUUGUGUGUCCGCUCAGAGCUGUUUGUGUGUCCGCUCAGAGCUAUUUGCGUGUUCGCUCAGAGCUGUUUGUGUCUGCUCAGAGCUGUUUGUGUGUCUGCUCAGAGCUGUUUGUGUGUCUGCUCAGAGCUGUUUGUGUGUCUGCUCAAAGCUGUUUUUGUGUCCGCUCAGAGCUGUUUGUGUGUCUGCUCAGAGCUGUUUGUGUGUCUGCUCAGAGCUGUUUGUGUGUCCGCUCAGAGCUGUUUGUGUGUCCGCUCAGAGCUGUUUGUGUGUCUGCUCAGAGCUGUUUGUGUGUCCGCUCAGAGCUGUUUGUGUGUCUGCUCAGAGCUGUUUGUGUGUCUGCUCAGAGCUGUUUGUGUGUCUGCUCAGAGCUGUUUGUGUGUCCGCUCAGAGCUGUUUGUGUGUCCGCUCAGAGCUGUUUGCGUGUUCGCUCAGAGCUGUUUGUGUCUGCUCAGAGCUGUUUGUGUGUCUGCUCAGAGCUGUUUGUGUGUCUGCUCAGAGCUGUUUGUGUGUCUGCUCAAAGCUGUUUGUGUGUCCGCUCAGAGCUGUUUGUGUGUCUGCUCAGAGCUGUUUGUGUGUCCGCUCAGAGCUGUUUGUGUGUCUGCUCAGAGCUGUUUGUGUGUCUGCUCAGAGCUGUUUGUGUGUCCGCUCAGAGCUGUUUGUGUGUCCGCUCAGAGCUGUUUGUGUGUCCGCUCAGAGCUGUUUGUGUGUCUGCUCAGAGCUGUUUGUGUGUCCGCUCAGAGCUGUUUGUGUGUCCGCUCAGAGCUGUUUGUGUGUCUGCUCAGAGCUGUUUGUGUGUCCGCUCAGAGCUGUUUGUGUGUCUGCUCAGAGCUGUUUGUGUGUCUGCUCAGAGCUGUUUGUGUGUCCGCUCAGAGCUGUUUGUGUGUCUGCUCAGAGCUGUUUGUGUGUCUGCUCAGAGCUGUUUGUGUGUCCGCUCAGAGCUGUUUGUGUGUCUGCUCAGAGCUGUUUGUGUGUCUGCUCAGAGCUGUUUGUGUGUCCGCUCAGAGCUGUUUGUGUGUCCGCUCAGAGCUGUUUGUGUGUCUGCUCAGAGCUGUUUGUGUGUCUGCUCAAAGCUGUUUGUGUGUCCGCUCAGAGCUGUUUGUGUGUCUGCUCAGAGCUGUUUGUGUGUCUGCUCAGAGCUGUUUGUGUGUCUGCUCAGAGCUGUUUGUGUGUCCGCUCAGAGCUGUUUGUGUGUCCGCUCAGAGCUGUUUGUGUGUCUGCUCAGAGCUGUUUGUGUGUCCGCUCAGAGCUGUUUGUGUGUCCGCUCAGAGCUGUUUGUGUGUCUGCUCAGAGCUGUUUGUGUGUCCGCUCAGAGCUGUUUGUGUGUCUGCUCAGAGCUGUUUGUGUGUCUGCUCAGAGCUGUUUGUGUGUCCGCUCAGAGCUGUUUGUGUGUCUGCUCAGAGCUGUUUGUGUGUCCGCUCAGAGCUGUUUGUGUGUCUGCUCAGAGCUGUUUGUGUGUCUGCUCAGAGCUGUUUGUGUGUCCGCUCAGAGCUGUUUGUGUGUCCGCUCAGAGCUGUUUGUGUCCGCUCAGAGCUGUUUGUGUGUCCGCUCAGAGCUGUUUGUGUGUCCGCUCAGAGCUGUUUGUGUGUCCGCUCAGAGCUGUUUGUGUGUCCGCUCAGAGCUGUUUGUGUGUCUGCUCAGAGCUGUUUGUGUGUCCGCUCAGAGCUGUUUGCGUGUUCGCUCAGAGCUGUUUGUGUCUGCUCAGAGCUGUUUGUGUGUCUGCUCAGAGCUGUUUGUGUGUCUGCUCAGAGCUGUUUGUGUGUCUGCUCAGAGCUGUUUGUGUGUCUGCUCAGAGCUGUUUGUGUGUCUGCUCAGAGCUGUUUGUGUGUCCGCUCAGAGCUGUUUGUGUGUCUGCUCAGAGCUGUUUGUGUGUCUGCUCAGAGCUGUUUGUGUGUCCGCUCAGAGCUGUUUGUGUGUCCGCUCAGAGCUGUUUGUGUGUCUGCUCAGAGCUGUUUGUGUGUCUGCUCAAAGCUGUUUGUGUGUCCGCUCAGAGCUGUUUGUGUGUCUGCUCAGAGCUGUUUGUGUGUCUGCUCAGAGCUGUUUGUGUGUCUGCUCAGAGCUGUUUGUGUGUCCGCUCAGAGCUGUUUGUGUGUCCGCUCAGAGCUGUUUGUGUGUCUGCUCAGAGCUGUUUGUGUGUCCGCUCAGAGCUGUUUGUGUGUCCGCUCAGAGCUGUUUGUGUGUCUGCUCAGAGCUGUUUGUGUGUCCGCUCAGAGCUGUUUGUGUGUCUGCUCAGAGCUGUUUGUGUGUCUGCUCAGAGCUGUUUGUGUGUCCGCUCAGAGCUGUUUGUGUGUCUGCUCAGAGCUGUUUGUGUGUCCGCUCAGAGCUGUUUGUGUGUCUGCUCAGAGCUGUUUGUGUGUCUGCUCAGAGCUGUUUGUGUGUCCGCUCAGAGCUGUUUGUGUGUCCGCUCAGAGCUGUUUGUGUCCGCUCAGAGCUGUUUGUGUGUCCGCUCAGAGCUGUUUGUGUGUCCGCUCAGAGCUGUUUGUGUGUCCGCUCAGAGCUGUUUGUGUGUCCGCUCAGAGCUGUUUGUGUGUCUGCUCAGAGCUGUUUGUGUGUCCGCUCAGAGCUGUUUGCGUGUUCGCUCAGAGCUGUUUGUGUCUGCUCAGAGCUGUUUGUGUGUCUGCUCAGAGCUGUUUGUGUGUCUGCUCAGAGCUGUUUGUGUGUCUGCUCAGAGCUGUUUGUGUGUCUGCUCAGAGCUGUUUGUGUGUCUGCUCAGAGCUGUUUGUGUGUCUGCUCAGAGCUGUUUGUGUGUCCGCUCAGAGCUGUUUGUGUGUCUGCUCAGAGCUGUUUGUGUGUCUGCUCAGAGCUGUUUGUGUGUCCGCUCAGAGCUGUUUGUGUGUCCGCUCAGAGCUGUUUGUGUGUCCGCUCAGAGCUAUUUGCGUGUUCGCUCAGAGCUGUUUGUGUCUGCUCAGAGCUGUUUGUGUGUCUGCUCAGAGCUGUUUGUGUGUCUGCUCAGAGCUGUUUGUGUGUCUGCUCAAAGCUGUUUGUGUGUCCGCUCAGAGCUGUUUGUGUGUCUGCUCAGAGCUGUUUGUGUGUCUGCUCAGAGCUGUUUGUGUGUCCGCUCAGAGCUGUUUGUGUGUCCGCUCAGAGCUGUUUGUGUGUCUGCUCAGAGCUGUUUGUGUGUCCGCUCAGAGCUGUUUGUGUGUCUGCUCAGAGCUGUUUGUGUGUCUGCUCAGAGCUGUUUGUGUGUCUGCUCAGAGCUGUUUGCGUGUUCGCUCAGAGCUGUUUGUGUCUGCUCAGAGCUGUUUGUGUGUCUGCUCAGAGCUGUUUGUGUGUCUGCUCAGAGCUGUUUGUGUGUCUGCUCAAAGCUGUUUGUGUGUCCGCUCAGAGCUGUUUGUGUGUCUGCUCAGAGCUGUUUGUGUGUCCGCUCAGAGCUGUUUGUGUGUCUGCUCAGAGCUGUUUGUGUGUCUGCUCAGAGCUGUUUGUGUGUCCGCUCAGAGCUGUUUGUGUGUCCGCUCAGAGCUGUUUGUGUGUCCGCUCAGAGCUGUUUGUGUGUCUGCUCAGAGCUGUUUGUGUGUCCGCUCAGAGCUGUUUGUGUGUCCGCUCAGAGCUGUUUGUGUGUCUGCUCAGAGCUGUUUGUGUGUCCGCUCAGAGCUGUUUGUGUGUCCGCUCAGAGCUGUUUGUGUGUCUGCUCAGAGCUGUUUGUGUGUCCGCUCAGAGCUGUUUGUGUGUCCGCUCAGAGCUGUUUGUGUGUCUGCUCAGAGCUGUUUGUGUGUCUGCUCAGAGCUGUUUGUGUGUCUGCUCAGAGCUGUUUGUGUGUCUGCUCAGAGCUGUUUGUGUGUCUGCUCAGAGCUGUUUGUGUGUCUGCUCAGAGCUGUUUGUGUGUCCGCUCAGAGCUGUUUGUGUGUCUGCUCAGAGCUGUUUGUGUGUCUGCUCAGAGCUGUUUGUGUGUCCGCUCAGAGCUGUUUGUGUGUCCGCUCAGAGCUGUUUGUGUGUCUGCUCAGAGCUGUUUGUGUGUCUGCUCAAAGCUGUUUGUGUGUCCGCUCAGAGCUGUUUGUGUGUCUGCUCAGAGCUGUUUGUGUGUCCGCUCAGAGCUGUUUGUGUGUCCGCUCAGAGCUGUUUGUGUGUCUGCUCAGAGCUGUUUGUGUGUCUGUUCAAAGCUGUUUGUGUGUCCGCUCAGAGCUGUUUGUGUGUCUGCUCAGAGCUGUUUGUGUGUCUGCUCAGAGCUGUUUGUGUGUCUGCUCAGAGCUGUUUGUGUGUCCGCUCAGAGCUGUUUGUGUGUCCGCUCAGAGCUGUUUGUGUGUCUGCUCAGAGCUGUUUGUGUGUCCGCUCAGAGCUGUUUGUGUCUGCUCAGAGCUGUUUGUGUGUCUGCUCAGAGCUGUUUGUGUGUCUGCUCAGAGCUGUUUGUGUGUCCGCUUAGAGCUGUUUGUGUGUCCGCUCAGAGCUGUUUGUGUGUCUGCUCAGAGCUGUUUGUGUGUCCGCUUAGAGCUGUUUGUGUGUCCGCUCAGAGCUGUUUGUGUGUCUGCUCAGAGCUGUUUGUGUGUCCGCUCAGAGCUGUUUGUGUGUCUGCUCAGAGCUGUUUGUGUGUCUGCUCAGAGCUGUUUGUGUGUCUGCUCAGAGCUGUUUGCGUGUUCGCUCAGAGCUGUUUGUGUCUGCUCAGAGCUGUUUGUGUGUCUGCUCAGAGCUGUUUGUGUGUCUGCUCAGAGCUGUUUGUGUGUCUGCUCAAAGCUGUUUGUGUGUCCGCUCAGAGCUGUUUGUGUGUCUGCUCAGAGCUGUUUGUGUGUCCGCUCAGAGCUGUUUGUGUGUCUGCUCAGAGCUGCUUUGUGUGUCCGCUCAGAGCUGUUUGUGUGUCCGCUCAGAGCUGUUUGUGUGUCCGCUCAGAGCUGUUUGUGUGUCCGCUCAGAGCUGUUUGUGUGUCGCUCAGAGCUGUUUGUGUGUCCGCUCAGAGCUGUUUGUGUGUCGCUCAGAGCUGUUUGUGUGUCGCUCAGAGCUGUUUGUGUCGUUGUUUGUGUCCGCUCAGAGCUGUUUGUGUGUCCUGCUCAGAGCUGUUGCUCAGAGCUGUGUGUGUCUGCUCAGAGCUGUUUGUGUGUCCGCUCAGAGCUGUUUGUGUGUCUGCUCAGAGCUGUUUGUGUGUCUGCUCAGAGCUGUUUGUGUGUCUGCUCAGAGCUGUUUGUGUGUCUGCUCAGAGCUGUUUGUGUGUCUGCUCAGAGCUGUUUGUGUGUCUGCUCAGAGCUGUUUGUGUGUCUGCUCAGAGCUGUUUGUGUGUCCGCUCAGAGCUGUUUGUGUGUCUGCUCAGAGCUGUUUGUGUGUCUGCUCAGAGCUGUUUGUGUGUCCGCUCAGAGCUGUUUGUGUGUCCGCUCAGAGCUGUUUGUGUGUCUGCUCAGAGCUGUUUGUGUGUCUGCUCAAAGCUGUUUGUGUGUCCGCUCAGAGCUGUUUGUGUGUCUGCUCAGAGCUGUUUGUGUGUCCGCUCAGAGCUGUUUGUGUGUCCGCUCAGAGCUGUUUGUGUGUCUGCUCAGAGCUGUUUGUGUGUCUGUUCAAAGCUGUUUGUGUGUCCGCUCAGAGCUGUUUGUGUGUCUGCUCAGAGCUGUUUGUGUGUCUGCUCAGAGCUGUUUGUGUGUCUGCUCAGAGCUGUUUGUGUGUCCGCUCAGAGCUGUUUGUGUGUCCGCUCAGAGCUGUUUGUGUGUCUGCUCAGAGCUGUUUGUGUGUCCGCUCAGAGCUGUUUGUGUCUGCUCAGAGCUGUUUGUGUGUCUGCUCAGAGCUGUUUGUGUGUCUGCUCAGAGCUGUUUGUGUGUCCGCUUAGAGCUGUUUGUGUGUCCGCUCAGAGCUGUUUGUGUGUCUGCUCAGAGCUGUUUGUGUGUCCGCUUAGAGCUGUUUGUGUGUCCGCUCAGAGCUGUUUGUGUGUCUGCUCAGAGCUGUUUGUGUGUCCGCUCAGAGCUGUUUGUGUCUGCUCAGAGCUGUUUGUGUGUCUGCUCAGAGCUGUUUGUGUGUCUGCUCAGAGCUGUUUGUGUGUCCGCUUAG